AUGACCGCUGACCAGGGUUGGGUUGGGAGCCACUUCCUUAAAAAGUGCCAGUACCUUUGGCGGUUGUCCAGAGCCUAUGCAGAUGCACAUGAUUUUGCCCUAGAACUUGCAGAGAAGAAGAGCUUUGCUGAGAAUGGGAAAAAAGUUGGUGAAAAGGUGAUUUCCAUCAAUCCACUGUGUGCUGAAGGUCAUCAGUGGUAUGCUAUACAUUGUGGGCUCCUGUCAGAAUAUGAAUCUAUUCAGAAUAAAAUUAAAAAUGGUUAUCUUUUUAAGGAUCAUCUGGAUAAGGCAAUUGAGUUGAAACCUGAAGAUCCUCUGUCAUAUUACUUGCUGGGCCGCUGGUGUUAUGCUGUGUCACAAUGUACGUGGAUUGAGAGGAAAAUUGCUGCUACUCUGUUUGGAGAGCCACCCAGUGCCACAGUCCAGGAUGCCCUGCAGAACUUCCUCAAGGCAGAAGAGAUCAGUCCCAAGUAUUCAAAAUUCAACUAUGUGUUUUUAGCCAAGUGUUACAAAGACUUGGGUCAGAGGAGUCAAGCCCAACAGAUGUGUGACGCUGCCUCUGCAAUGAGCAUUGAGACUAACGAGGAUGAGGAAGCACAGAAGGAAUUGGACGCUCUUGUCGCAUCACUUUAAGUCUCCAACAAAAGGCAACAAAAGCUGUCUGUCUUUGUGUUUUGUCUCUUUGAACUGGACUGUAGCUGUUUACCCACAAACCAACAUAUGAACUACUAAUGUUGGCCAGGCCAUGUGAUUUACUGUGCCUCUAUUAAAGGGGAGCCCAGCAGCAAUGUUUUGUUUAUUUUUAUUUUAUGCACAAAGUACUGUAUGUGUUUUUGCAGGAUAAUUUCUUUUAAUUCUUUUUGACUUUCCCCCCCCCCAGAACAUUUUAGACAUUAACAGUAACGGUUGCAAUACACAACGUGGCACCAUGAUCAUCAGUGGCUGCUGUUAGAUUGAAUUUAGAAUAAAUUUAAAUUUCAUUAAGGAAUAGUUAGCCCAAAAAUUGAACUUUGCUGAAAAUGUACUCUCCCUCAGGCCAUCCAAGAUGGAGAUGAGUUUUCAAUGGAACAGAAAUUUAGCA